UGGUGCUUCCGUGACCUCGUCAACAGUUGCGACGAAGGCAGGUUCUAUGUUGAAAACCUGAAGUGGACCCUACCGCCACUGCUGCCAGAUGAAACUGACGCGCAACUGAGGCGCACCCAAACUGGCUUGACCUCAAUCCGUCUGGACAAAGCUCUAGGCGAUGCUACCGCCAAACGCACUGACGCACUUACUAAGGCGUCCACGCCGGUUCGCCCACCCGUGGUCCAAUCAAUGACCUUCACGGUUGCAGCCAAAGCUGGCGGCUCGAAUGUCUGCUCCCUAGACAGGACUUCGCAACUGGCCCGCCUCGCGGCCGGGCGUGUUCUCCGAUAG